UUCCCUCCUCUUAGAAUGAGGCAGGUCUGGCCAGAUGAGAGCUCUGGGUCCCUUCCUGGCUCUCGCCACUCCGGGGCGUUCCCGGCUAACCCUCCCCUUGGCUCUGAGUUCCAGGGAUCAUCUCCUGGAGCCAAGAACCGUUCCCUGCAGGUCCCUAACUCGGGCCUUACUGUCCCAAGAUCACGGCCCUGCCUCGGAGUCCGAGGGGACCUCGCGGGAGCCAAGACCCUUAGGGGCGCCUUCUCUGUGGUCCGAAGAUGCGUUAAGAAAACCUCCACUCAGGAGUAUGCAGCAAAAAUUAUUAACACCAAGAAACUGUCAGCCCGAGAUCACCAGAAGUUAGAACGGGAGGCCCGAAUAUGCCGGCUCUUGAAACACCCAAACAUUGUGCGCCUCCAUGACAGUAUUUCUGAAGAAGGUUUCCACUACCUCGUCUUUGACCUCGUUACCGGCGGGGAGCUGUUUGAAGACAUUGUAGCCAGAGAGUACUACAGUGAAGCCGAUGCCAGCCACUGUAUUCAUCAGAUCCUAGAGAGCGUCAACCACAUCCACCAGCAUGACAUCGUGCAUCGUGACCUCAAGCCCGAGAACCUUCUGCUGGCGAGUAAAUGCAAGGGUGCUGCUGUCAAACUGGCUGACUUUGGACUGGCCAUUGAGGUGCAGGGAGAUCAGCAGGCUUGGUUCGGCUUUGCUGGAACACCAGGGUAUCUGUCCCCUGAAGUCUUGAGGAAAGAUCCCUAUGGAAAACCUGUGGAUAUCUGGGCCUGUGGUGUGAUCUUGUACAUACUUCUGGUGGGAUACCCUCCCUUCUGGGAUGAGGAUCAGCACAAACUGUAUCAGCAGAUCAAAGCUGGAGCCUAUGACUUUCCAUCGCCAGAGUGGGACACUGUGACUCCCGAAGCCAAGAAUUUAAUCAACCAGAUGCUGACGAUAAACCCUGCCAAGCGUAUCACAGCUGACCAAGCACUGAAGCACCCGUGGGUCUGCCAACGCUCUACAGUGGCCUCCAUGAUGCACCGGCAGGAGACUGUGGAAUGCUUGCGAAAGUUCAAUGCCCGGAGAAAGCUGAAGGGUGCCAUCCUCACAACAAUGUUGGUUUCCAGGAAUUUUUCAGUUGGCAGGCAGAGCUCCGCCCCCGCCUUGGCCGCCGUGAGCGCCGCCGGCCUGGCCGGGCAAGCUGCCAAAAGCCUCUUGAACAAGAAGUCAGAUGGAGGUGUGAAGAAAAGGAAGUCGAGUUCCAGCGUGCACCUGAUGAGCAACAACAAAAACAGUCUCGUAAGCCCAGUCCAAGAGCCUGCGCCAUUGCAGACAGCCAUGGUACCUCCUGACUCCGGCUUCUCACCCGCCUCUGCCUCUGCCUCCCCUCCCCCCUCCUGCCUCCCCCACGGGGAACCCCAAACCACCGUGGUACACAAUGCAACAGACGGGAUCAAGGGCUCCACAGAAAGCUGCAAUACGACCACUGAAGAUGACGAUCUCAAAGCUGCCCAGCUCCGCACUGGGGACCGCAGCAGCUUGGGGUCUGACGGACGGAGCCCCCGGGACAGAACAGCCCCCUCAGCAGGCAUGCAGCCCCAGCCUUCUCUCGGCUCCUCAGCCAUUCGAAAACAAGAGAUCAUUAAGAUCACGGAGCAGCUGAUUGAAGCCAUCAACAACGGGGACUUUGAUGCCUACACGAAGAUCUGCGAUCCGGGUCUUACCUCCUUCGAGCCUGAGGCACUCGGCAACCUGGUAGAGGGGAUGGACUUCCAUAAAUUUUACUUUGAGAAUCCCCAGUCCUGUUCUGAUGCCAUCACUCAUCCAUCUCCAUAUCAGUUUCCAUCCCCGUCCCCAGUAUUCCAGCUGUGCAAAGUCCUGUCUAAGAACAGCAAGCCCAUCCACACCACCAUCCUGAACCCCCACGUGCACGUCAUUGGCGAGGACGCGGCCUGCAUUGCCUACAUCCGCCUUACCCAGUACAUCGACGGCCAGGGCCGGCCUCGCACCAGCCAGUCUGAGGAGACCAGGGUCUGGCACCGCCGGGAUGGCAAGUGGCUCAACGUGCACUACCACUGCUCGGGGGCCCCCGCUGCCCCGCUGCAAUGAGCUCCCAAGCAGCGGUGUUAGGAGAUUCCCAGCCAGAGGUCAAACCUUCGAAGCCAGCGGCUCUGGAGGGCCUGAGUGACAGCAGCAGUCAUGUUCGUUUGAGGUUUAAAAACAAUUAAAAUUACAAAGCGGCAGCAACCAAUGCACGCCCCUGCAUGCAGCCCGCCCGCCCGUCGUGUCUGUCUCUGCUGUACCGAGGUGUUUUUUACAUUUAAAAAAAAAAAAAAGAAAAAGAAAAAAAGAUUGUUUUAAAAAAAAAAAAAGGAAUCCAUACCGCUGAUCAUGUUUUAAAACCAUCUGCAGCCCCCCCUGGGCUGGCGAGAGGACAGGAGUUUGAGCAGCAGGCUCAUCUACCUGGCAGUGAGUACACCCAGUUUUGCAGCCCUCAUGGACUCUGGAGGGGCCAGGCAGGAACUCUUGACACUGACCCUGCUGGAGGCCACAAAAGCCUCCUUUUGUGCGGGGUCCCCCAGAUCUCUGCAGCCCCCGAGGUGGCUAUGGACUUGUCCAGAGUCUGCACGGGAGCCCGGAAGGAGGGCCAGAGCAGCAACAGGUCGUGAGAAGGCUGAUGCUUGGAGCGCCUUUUCCCUUCCCUGGUGGGGGGGCAUGGUCCCCAGGCAGCUACCGAGGCAAGACAGCACUGAGGCAUGGCUCCGAGAUGGAGAAAGCUCGUGGCUGGGAUUUCACUGUACUGUUCCACUUAGUGUAGAUGGGAGACUUGGUGCUGCAGAAACUCGCCCACUAGGAAGCAGGCAGAAACCUGAUGUUAGUUUGACACAUACUUCCCUCGUCCAUCCGUUUCUCCAGGAUGCACGACCGAGCGUGGGUCUGGGUAGCAAGGCCUGGGCCCAGGAAGGGGCAGGGGCUGCCGCUUUGCUUGUUUGUUCUCGUGUGACUCGGCCUGGACAGAGCCAGGCCCGGGGUCCUGGGGCCUGCCACUCCCGCUGUAGCCUGGGCACUUUGUUUCUGUGCUGAUUUCAGUCGUCUUUGUCUUGCUUUCCUCCCCGCCCCCCCCCCCCCGCCCCCCAGUUGAUGGCCCCAAUUCCAACUCUCCCCUGGGCCUGGGGCUGCUGUGGAGUGAGUGCCCUAUAGGAAUGGGAGAGGUGGGACCAUCGCUCUCAUUUUCUCUCCUUGGUUGGCUUGUCUGAAUCUUGCUAGGUGCCCCUAUUUCAAGAGGUCUCUCUGCUGACCAACAGAGGCUCAGAAUCACUGCUGGAGAGUCUGCAUGGGCCUUCACCUUCCUCUACCCUGCAUGCACCCCAAAAAAGGAGGUGCCCAGGGCCACGGCUCCCCUUCAAUCAGUUUUCCUUCCUGUUCCCUGGGGGUUUGGCUACCACAAGGGAGGGAAGGCAGGAAGAAGGAAAGGAGCUUGAGGGCAGCUUGGCCGGCCAUAGGCAGGGAAGGUGGCCAGGCCCCAGGUCUCCAGAGUGCCUUCGGAGCAUGAAGCUAGAGCGGGGAGGGGCCGUGUGCGAUCUUCGGUUGGCCGGUGGAGCCCCAUGUGCAUGCCCACCCCCUGGGCCCAGGCCCCUCUCCUGCCCCAUACUCUGCAUCGCCAGCACGCAGACAACUUCACAACAUGGUUUGGUUUUGCAGUCUUUUGAGACAAAUGGUCUUUGAAACCCAUAGCUUGAUAUCGGCUGCUCGAGCCCCACCUCUCCUUAGCAUUCUUACUCUCUCCCGGGGCUAACGUCAGCAUCUAUAGAAUUUAGAUUAUUAAAAAAAAAAACCACCUUUUAAACAGGAAAUGGAAGGCAUUUGAUGCAGAAUUUUUGCAUGAUGACAUAGAAAUAAUUUAAAAACUAGCUAGUGUUUGUUCUGAAUGUUGGUAGACCCUUCAUAGCUUUGUUACAACGAAACCUUGAACUGAAGAUAUUUAAUAAAAUAACAUUUAAACGGUC